AUGGGCCCAGCCUCACUGCAGGAGGAGAGUGAGCCGGAGCAAAAGUCCAUGGGAGAGACGGAGAGCUACCACAGCCUCCUGCAGGCUGGCUCCCAGCUGGAGAGCACUCUGCAGCAGGUCACUGUCCCUGUGAGCAUGAAGGAGGUGGGCGGUUACAUAGAGAAACAGGUGGCGUACCUGUCAGGGGGCCGUGGGGAAGACUCAAGUGUCAUCAUCACUCUCCCAGAAUGCUCUGCUUUCAGUGACAUUCCAGAGGAAGCUUUAGCCAAAGUCUUAACAUACCUCACUCUCAUUCCUCGAACUAGGCAACCAGGCGUAAAAUUUAUCAUCAUUUUAGACCGAAGACUGGAUACCUGGGCCUCUAUCAAAACUGCACUUGCCAGAAUAGCGGCUUCUUUUCCGGGGAACCUCCACCUGGUCUUGGUGCUGCGACCCACCAGCUUCUUCCAGCGCACUGUUACUGAUAUUGGCUUUCGCUUCAGCCAAGAGGACUUCAUGCUCAAGAUGCCAGUUGUGAUGCUGAGUUCAGUCACAGACCUGCUUCGCUACAUUGAUGAGAACCAGCUGACAUCUGAGUUUGGUGGCACUCUGGACUAUUGUCACAGUGACUGGAUCGUCCUACGAACGGCUAUCGAAAGCUUUGCUGUAACAGUGAAGGACAUUGCACAGAUGCUGCAGGCCUUUGGCACUGAGCUGGCAGAAACAGAGCUGCCUGAUGAGGGCAGCGCCAUUGAGUACCUCCUCAAGUGUCACACUGAGAAAUACAGAAGACUCAAGGAUGCUAUCAGGUCAGUGUCCAAGGAGGGACGCCAAAUCCUCUCUAGUCUUGAAACCUCAGAGAAAGGGGAUGACCACCACUGGGAUGUUAAGCUGGACUGGGAGACUGUACAGAGGCUUCUUGCCCAGCUCCGAGACAUGGAGUCAGCCUUUGACGGCUUCUUUGAGAAGCAUCAUCUGAAACUGCAUCAGUACCGCCAGCUGCUCAGAUAUGAGCAAAGCUUUCAGGAGAUGGAGUUAUGUCUCAAGCACCUGCUGGCUCAGGAGAGAGAGGUGUCGACAUCAGGAGACACGCUCGCUCAGACCGAACAGGCUCUCAAAGACCUGGAGAAUCUGGAAUCAAAUGCAGAGGAGGUGAUGGGCCGUGCCCAGAUCAUCAUCCUCCAUGGACACCAGCUAGCAGCCAGUCACCACUACGCCAUGGCUCUCAUUGUGCAGCGCUGCAAUGAGCUUCGCUACCACUGUGAUACACUCACUGCUGCUCUCAAGGCCAAACACACACAUCUCACGCAUACACACCAGUUGCUGCUGUGUCUUGGACAGGCCCAGAGCUGGUGUGAUGAUGGAGCGUAUCUCUUGGCCAACCAGCUGGUUGAUAAGUUCCAGUCUAAGGAGGGCGCCCAUGCUGCUCUGAGGGAAAUUGAGAAGUUCCUGGAGGAAGCUCCAUCCAUGCUGAGCUCAGGACCUGACACUCUGACCAUGGAGUAUGAAGCUGUCAUCACGUCUCAGCUGCAGGCUCAGAUAGAGAAAACGUUUGAAAAGCACGGAACAGUGCAGCACAUGAUCCAGAACCGACAGGCGUGUUUGAGGAAGCUGGCUGAUAAACACGUCCGUCCGGUCCAACUGGUCGCCCCCAGGCCUGAGAACCCUCCACGCUCCAAGUCCCCGCUCUUCUCCCCCAAACAUGGUGAUGGUUUGAAGUUCACAUUUGAUCUUUCUCUGCCUGGGAAGAGGGCGUCACGGAAGAGCCCCAACCCAAGAAAGAUAGAGGUGAUGCACGACUACCAGGAGAGCAGGAGUUUUGUGUCGUACAGCCUGGAGGGAGAGGACAGCCCCGAUCUCCUAAAGCGUCAUGUGAUGAGGGAACUCAUAGAGACUGAGAGGAUCUAUGUGGAGGAGCUGCUGUCGGUGCUGCUGGGUUACAGGGCUGAGAUGGACAACCCAGCUCUGGCAGGUCUCCUGCCCCCCAUCCUGCGCAGCAAGAGAGACAUCCUCUUUGGAAACAUGCCAGAGAUCUACAAUUUUCACAGCAGGGUGUUUCUCCAGGACCUGGAAGGAUGUCUGGAGACUCCUGAGGGUGUAGGAGCUUGUUUCCUGGAACGGAAAGAGAAUUUCCAGAUGUAUGAGUGCUACUGUCAGAAUAAGCUGCGCUCCGAGGCCCUGUGGAGACAAUUUUCAGACUGUGCCUUCUUUCAGGAGUGUCAAAAGAAUCUGGAGCACAAACUGGGCUUGGAUUCCUACUUGUUGAAACCAGUCCAGCGCCUCACUAAAUACCAGCUCCUGCUUAAGGAGCUGCUAAAGUACAGUGCAGGUUGUGAGCGGACCUCUGAACUACAGGGGGCACUAACAGCCAUGCUGGACCUGCUCAAAUCAGUCAAUGACUCCAUGCAUCAGAUAGCCAUCACAGGAUAUGAGGGAGAGCUUUGCGAGCUGGGCCGUGUGCUGAUGCAGGGCUCUUUUAGUGUGUGGAUCAGCCAUAAGAAAGGUCCCACGCGCAUGAAGGAGCUAGCCCGCUUCAAGCCCAUGCAGAGGCACCUCUUCCUGUACGAGAGAGCCCUCCUCUUCUGCAAGCGCAGGGAGGAGCAUGGAGAGGGCUGUGACAAGACCCCCUCCUACAGCUUCAAGCACUGUCUCAAGAUGACUGCUGUGGGGAUUACAGAGAACGUCAAGGGAGAUGUGAAAAAGUUUGAGAUCUGGUACAGUGGCAGGGAGGAGGUGUACGUGGUUCAGGCCCCUACAGUGGAGGUGAAGAUGGCCUGGCUCAAUGAACUGCGCAGAAUCCUCACAAACCAGCAGAAACUGCUCAGAGAUGAAGUAUACCACCAUGGCCAAAUGGUUGAACACAUGCAGCUUUCCCCACCGCUCUCUGAGAGCAAGCAGCAGAGGGCGUCAGUGAGUUCAGAGGACACUGAGUCAGGGCGGAGCAGUCCAGACCCCCAGUCCCACUCCCCUCAACAUCGGCGCAACCGCAGGAGCUGGCCCGGAGCACCUCACUCAGUAGACAUCUGCGAGGGGCUGGAGGAGUGGCCUGGAGGUCGGGACACCUCCCACCUUUCUGACACUGAGGAGGAGGUGGUGGCGCAACUGUCUCCAGGCAGAUACAGGGCUUUGGCAGAUUGUCUUAAGAACGGACCGGACAGCAUCACUAUCAAAUGUGGAGAUGUCAUCCAACUGCAGCAUGAAAACAACCGGGGACUCUGGUUGGUGAAAAAUCUGAGUCGGCGACAGGAGGGCCUCAUUCCAGUGGCCAGCCUGCUGCUGAUUCUAGGAGACAGCAGUCGAGGACACUCCUCAAGACUAGGAGACCCAGGGAAUCUGAAGGCGAGGAAGCUCAGCUCUCCAUAGAGAAGAAAGCACAGUGUGAAUCUAAUAUUAACCGACUGAGCCAUAGCUGUCUCAUAACUGAUGCACUAUCAGCCACCCACUCUUCACUCCCUGCUGCUGUUGGCACAGUCCAGUCAGUGGAAAAAACAACAUAAAUAGAUGGAAGACUACAGAACUGAUUUUUCCCCAGCUUUUUGUUGACAAUCUCCUGGGCCAGUGCUUUUUUUUUUUUUUCUCCGCUCUUCUGUCUCCAUGAAUGGACGCUGUUGCUGUUGAAGGUAUUACAGACAGGCGACAAAAGGGGGCACCAGCGUAAAGGCACAGGAACUGUUAGCCCUCUUGAAUAAUCAAUAGCCCAUCCCUGAUUCUGCUUGGUCUUCCAUUUCUCCAGUUGGUGAUAAAUAUCUCAUCCUGGCACUCCCCCUGCAACAGAAAUGCAGUUGGAAAUGUGAAGCUACACAAUUUUUUAUCAGCUUGAGUGGGGCACUUCACAUCAUAUGGACUCUAAAGUGAAACAUUUUCCAGUCCUUCCUCAAUCCAGCUAAUAGUUGAGAUUUAAGUAUCUCCAAGUGUGUAUUUGUGAGUGUGUGGUGGUACGUUGGUGUAUGUCUGUCUGAGCGUGUGUAGAAUGGAUGCUAAUCCAGGAUUUGCCUGAAAACAUUUCUUAAAAACAGAGAAUUUUGUACAUAUGCAGUCUCAUUCAUUUUUAACGUGUACAUCAAUGUUUGUUUGUGUAAUUGGUUUAUGUUUUCUUUUUGACUAGCUCAUUGUAUUUUUCUUACAUUUCAUUCCUUAAGGCACCUUUCCUCUGUACUCUCUAGGAGUUAAAAUGCCAAAAUGUGCCGUGCCAUAAUGCCUUUUUAGUCUCGCUUUUGGAGUAUUUCCUCUCUUGUAAGUACUGUUUGCUAGGCAACAUCAAAUAUACUCUGUUCUUGCUUCUACCUGACCUCACAAAUGUUCAACAGGCACUUUAGUAAGGUGGAAGGACAAAAGAGCAAAACAACAAAAAUAUUGAAUGGCAGGUUGCUUUUUGCUUGGCGCUAUAUCUCAUACUGUAUAUUUUCCCUUUGUCAUGCUGUUAUUUGUUGUUUAUUUAUGAAUAUGUUAUGCGUUAGUAGUGAAGACAGGCGAGACAUGCCCCCUGCAUGCAGGCAGCAGUUGACAUGUCAGGUAUGGUAAUCUAAGACACAGGUGGAGAUGAUGAAGAUUGAUAGGAUUGUAUUCCUCAGUGUGGGUAGUGCUGCGGAGUUAUGGGAGGUGCAUAGCGCAGCACCAAACGCUGUCAUUUUCCUCAUGAUCUCACUCUGUGUCUGCUGGGAACCGACUGUCAGUCACAGAUUACAGAGGGGAAAGAGGCAAAGUAAAAGAGAGAGAGAUAUUAUGCUUUCUGUGCCCCUCCAUCACAGAGGCAGAUUGUUUCCUUCUCUCUAUUACGGCACAAUUAAUCUUGGGUUCCCCAAGAAAAGGGAUCAUACAGCAAACAUGAAAUAUACCCACUGUGUCGACCGCUUAAUUAAAUAUUGAUUGCAGACUUAUAUGAAUUUACCACAUCAAAUCAAGGCCCCAGUCGGAGGGCUGCCUUUGAUAUGCUGCGUUUGAUGUGGAAAUGAGUUUGGAAAAGCAGCGGGGGUUGCUCCGCACUACACACUUCCUAUGUUGUUUAUUUAUUUAUUUUGCUGUCAAGUUGUUCCCUCACAUUGUGGGGUAUCAGUGCAGCCCCAAAUGAAAUUAUGUCUCUGUACACUUACAGGAGCUAUGCUUGACUGCACAAAAACACCCCCUUUUUUUUUCAUUUUGUUUAUAUGACAAGAUUAGAUGGUUUCUUUGUAACUUCAAUCCAAAAUGCUGCAGAUUUUGCACAGAUUUUCCCACAUGGAAAGAAAAAAAAUAAUUGCUUGAAAUAUUGUGUAUCCUGACAAGCCUAGUAUGCUUGUUGCUGAAUGUUUCUUGAGGCAAAAAAUGCAUGGCAACUGAGCAAUGAAGGGGUUUGCAUUGUUAGACAGUCAAUGUUCUUAACUGGCUCCUUUUUGUACAGCCUCAGUACUGUA